UCGAAAUCGCCCAUAGAUACGCGAAGCGAACAAAAUGGCGGAUUCGUUGGAAAAAUUAUUCGUCACACGGGAAAAGAAUUUCAUCAAACAAAAUAUCCUUCGCGCGAAACGUUCCUAUCCGGCAGAGCCCAAACAGCGAUCCAUCGAUACUCGUUACGGCGACACGCAUGAAUUAAAGAGAAGCGGAUUACUUCCGAUUUAUGUGCACAAAGAAAACUAUGGAAAAAUACCGAGAUGUAUCGCGAAAGUCCAUACGAGAGUAGAAACAGAGACGGCCGAACCAUUUAAUGGAGACGAAACAUCGAAAGUAUCGACGUGCCGAUACAUCGACAAAGAGGAACGAAAGAUGCUGCUGGAUGGCAUGAAGCAAAGGUGGGAGGAAGCGAUGCAGCGAUUCCGGAGGUUGCCAUUCCUCGCGGAUACGUUACCGAAGGCGCAGAAGAAAGCGAGGAUGGAGCGCGAGUUGCAGCAACUUGAAAAAGACAUAGCAAUUAUCGAGCAGCAUCCGCAUAUAUACGUUUAUGACGACACGAUUAAUGCACAAAACUGAUCGACAUGUUGUAAUGUCGAUAUAUCGAAAAUCUGUG